GAGAUGGGAUCUGGAUUUGUCCUCUCCAUUGGCUAUAUCAUUGUCCUCUCCUCUAAGAUCCAACGGUUACCGUAAAACAUCAACAAUUCCAAUCCUCCCCCUGAUUGGACAAUUUCAAGCACUAAUGUUAUCUUUACCUCAUCAAAUCAAAACCCAAUUUCAUACCGCCUUACUCCAAGUAGAUACUUAACAAUUUGUUAUCCAAAAUAUACGCGCGUUAUUGCACGUUAAUCUCCCUCCAUACCUUUCCCGUCAUCUCAGCCGUCAAUCACAUUUCUAACCCAUUCAAUCAACGGCGAAAAACCAGUCCUCACAAGUCAUGCACGUAAAUGGGACCCAUAUAUAAACACUAUGCUUCUUCUUCAGUAACCGUAUUUCCAGAUUUCUUGGGAACUCUGCAAAACGUGAUUCCAAGAUGAAGCAUUCAGCAUUGUGCUAUGUGAUUCGCCGAACUUUGAUCGGUGGACGGAACUGUAACCGUCACGGUUCGGCGGUUAUGAGGCCAUUCCUGGCGGAGGAGAUGAGACAGAGGAACUUCGCCGCCGAUGGCAGAAACGGAGGGUUCUUUUACUGGAAGAGGAUGAUGUCUUCGAAAGCGGCGAGUGAGACGGAGGUGAAGUCGACGGAGAAGGAGAAGAAGGAGGAGAGUUCGGGGAAAAAGAAUAACGCGGUGGUGUCGAGUUAUUGGGGAAUUUCCAGGCCGAAGAUUACGAGAGAAGAUGGAACAGAGUGGCCUUGGAACUGCUUUAUGCCAUGGGAGACUUAUCAAUCGAAUUUGUCCAUUGAUUUGAGUAAGCAUCAUGUGCCAAAGAAUUUUCUGGAUAAAGUUGCUUAUAGGACAGUGAAGCUUCUCAGAAUUCCCACUGAUUUGUUUUUCAAGAGGCAGUAUGGUUGUCGCGCAAUGAUGCUUGAAACAGUUGCAGCUGUACCUGGAAUGGUAGGAGGGAUGCUGUUGCACCUCAGGUCACUCCGUAAGUUUCAGCAUAGCGGUGGUUGGAUCAAAGCAUUGCUUGAAGAAGCAGAGAAUGAGAGGAUGCAUUUAAUGACUAUGGUAGAACUUGUGAAGCCGAAAUGGUAUGAAAGACUGUUGGUUCUUGCUGUGCAGGGAGUUUUCUUCAAUGCGUUCUUUGUAGUUUACAUACUCUCUCCAAAGCUGGCUCAUAGAGUUGUUGGGUACCUUGAGGAAGAAGCUGUACAUUCCUACACUGAGUACUUAAAGGACAUUGAGAGUGGUGCAGUUGAAAAUGUUUCUGCUCCUGCCAUUGCUAUAGACUAUUGGAGGCUUCCCAAGGAUGCCAAAUUGAAAGAUGUUGUAACAGUCAUUCGUGCUGAUGAGGCUCACCAUCGAGAUGUUAACCAUUUUGCUUCAGAUAUCCACUUCCACGGUAAAGAACUGCGAGAUGCACCAGCUCCUCUUGGUUAUCAUUAGGGCUACUAUCAUGAAUAUAAAAUUACUCAUUUAGCUUGCAUUACGAAUCUAUAAGCACCUCUUCAUAAAAAAGAAACCUAUAAGCACCAACCAAUGUUUUGAUUAUACAUAAUUCCUAUACUUCAAUCAUACGUUGGAUGACAGUACAUAUACUGGUUAUACUAUUUUUUGUAAUGAACAUGCUGGUUAUGAUUAGACUAUAUACAUUAAUGAUUGUAUACAACUUACAUGAUUUGAAAACCAUGUUAAUAAGAGAGUUACCAUUAGUUUA